GUGAGUGUGCAUUUCCGGCGGGCGCGGGGGCCGGCGGCUCCGCUGCUGAUCCCGCCGCCAUGAAGGACGUGCCGGGGUUCCUGCAGCAGAGCCAGAGCGCGGGGCCGGGGCAGGCCGCCGUGUGGCACCGCCUGGAGGAGCUCUACAACAAGAAGCUGUGGCACCAGCUGACUCUGCAGGUGUUGGACUUCGUGCAGGACCCCUGCUUUGCCCAAGGAGAUGGACUCAUCAAGCUCUACGAGAACUUCAUCAGCGAGUUUGAGCACAGGGUGAACCCCCUGUCCCUGGUGGAGAUCAUCCUCCACGUGGUUCGGCAGAUGACAGAUCCCAACGUGGCCCUUACUUUUCUGGAAAAGACUCGAGAAAAGGUGAAGAGCAGUGAUGAGGCUGUCAUUCUGUGCAAAACAGCCAUCGGGGCCCUCAAGCUGAACAUCGGGGACCUGCAGGUCACCAAGGAGACCAUCGAGGAGGUGGAGGAGAUGCUGAACAACCUCCCCGGGGUGACCUCUGUGCACAGCCGGUUCUACGACCUCUCCAGCAAGUACCACCAGACCGUGGGGAACCACGCCUGCUACUACAAGGACGCCCUGCGCUUCCUGGGCUGCAUCGACGUGAAGGACCUGCCAGUCUCGGAGCAGCAGGAAAGGGCCUUUACCCUGGGCCUGGCGGGGCUCCUGGGGGAAGGUGUCUAUAACUUUGGGGAGCUGCUGAUGCACCCGGUGCUGGAGUCGCUGCGCGGCACGGAGCGGCAGUGGCUGAUCGACACCCUCUACGCCUUCAACAGCGGCAACGUCGAGACCUUCCAGGGCCUCAGGUCGUCCUGGGGCCAGCAGCCAGACCUGGCUGCAAACGAGACACUUCUGCUGCAGAAGAUUCAGCUGUUGUGUCUUAUGGAGAUGACUUUCACCCGGCCUGCCAAUCACAGGCAGCUCAGCUUUGAGGAGAUUGCCCAGAGUGCCAAAGUCACCGUGAAUGAGGUGGAGCUGCUGGUGAUGAAGGCACUGUCAGUGGGGCUGGUGAAGGGCAGCAUUGAUGAAGUGGACAAGAAGGUGCACAUGACAUGGGUCCAACCACGUGUGCUGGAUUUGCAACAGAUCAAGGGGAUGAAGGACCGCCUGGAGUUCUGGUGCACGGACGUGAGGAGCAUGGAGAUGCUGGUGGAGCACCAAGCUCAUGACAUCCUGACCUAGAGGACAUUGCACUGCCCCUGGGAGAGCAGUUCUGCUGCUGGUGCUGGCAGCACUCAGCACCAGCUGUGCUGGGGUGUCAGGGGUGGGUGGGCAGGGGGGGAGCAGCUUCCUGAGGGAGCAGCAAGUGGCCUUUCGCAGUGUGACCCUUUGGUGCUUGGAGUCAAGAUUCCCCAGGUGCUGGCACUGGUGGCUCUGGCCACGAGAGCUCUGUCCUGCUCCUGUGGAAGGGGGCAGGGGUGGAGGGGGCAGGGGUUCGGUGGUGGCUGGUGUGUCACUGGUGUCCCCAGGCUGUGGGGGGUGAGGCUGGCUGUGUGCUGCAGGGGCAGCAGAAGCUCCUUCCCACACACGUCUGGGGAGGUGCCUGACCCUGCUGUGUGGUGGUGCUUGGUGUGUUGCCUUGGGAGGACGUGCCCUUCCCUGGGGACCUCUCCCCCUGCCCCUGCAGCUGCCCCAGGCAGCAGCACUGACUCCAUCUCCCUGUUUGCCCUCUCUCCACCACCUCUCCUUCCUCGCCUGCAGCAGAGGGACUGUUUACUCCAUCAAAGGGUUCUCCCAGGAUCGCUGCUCAGUGGAUGUGUUUUUAUAUCCUUUUGGAUAUAAAAACUUUUGGGGGUGUUUGUCUUUUACCAACACUUUGUACUGCAGUGAGGUGUGACAGUAUUGCUGGAAUAAACUUCUCUGCCUUCCCUUUUC